AUGUCAGGUGGAAACAUUACCAUGAGGGUGGCUGAGAUCAAUGAGGAGAACAUGAGGGAGCGAGGCGGAGAAGUUCCGUUUUCGUUUCUUUUUUCUACGUCGCAGUCCGGCGCCGCUGCCGCAGAAAGCGCUCCAAAAACAUCGGAUCAGUGGUUAUGGUAUUUUUACCUCACGGCCUGGUCACACCCCUUUUUUCCCCACAAGCUGCCGCCACGUCCCUUAUGCACGGGCGAAGGCAAUAACAAAAAUAGUAAGAAGGGGAAUUCGAGGGAUGUUGGUUUGUCUUUUGAAGAGUCGCUUGCGCUGGUGGGAUUCCCCGCGGCAGAUUUGGUUGCGGCGUACGAUGCACAGUGGCAUCUGCAAUCGCAGACAUCAGAAGCGGCCGAGUUGCGAGCAAAGUCUCUGACAAGGGUUGGGAGCGAUUGCAUGUAUCCGCUGAUUCCUCGUGUAGUUGAAUCAAGCUUCGGGCGAGUAUUUCGAGCUCUGGCUGUCCACGAAUAUAUUUCCGCGGCCGCAUCGUCAUCGUCAUUGUUGACAUCAUCUUCCAGCUCUGUGGAAAAGUUAGUUCAAAAAGCCCUGGGAGUCGCACGUCAAAAUCAUCAGCAGGACGCGGAGGAAAAUGCAGGGAAGAUUGUGACUGAAGAGAAGGCGAUUGAGAGUGCCCUGCAAAAGAUGUUUUCACCAGAUGCCAAAACGUCACAAUAUCCACUUUUAUUCACCUUGGAGGGCACAGCCCCCAAGGAUGGCAGUGAGGGUAGUACGACGAAGAAAAUGGAGGAGGAGAAAGAAUUUAUAAAGGAGGCCAAUCGCGCCCGUCUAUUUGCCGCUCUCACCGUGGAGGUAUUUUCUCGGGUAAAACAGUUGUGUGCUUGCAUGUUAUUGGCAUUUGUCAAUGCCAGUGGUGGUAAGGUGGCAAAAGCCCGGGCAUGCGGUGUUGUUGUAGGUAUCGUGGAAUACGCUAUCGCGUACCGCUGCUACCGAGAAGAUGGCACGGGGCGUUGCCCGUUGACCGCAGCGGUGCUUCUUUUGUGCAGUCUUGUGGAGGUGCAAGAUAUUUUGACACGUGAAAGGGUUAAGGAGAUUGGGAAGGAGGAAAAAGAGGAAGAGGAGGGGGUGUCGGGAGGCCUGAUUGCCACCAUUAUAGUGGCAUCUCUGCAGGAACUUCUCUUUGCUGCCGUUGUGGGCGGCCCAGUGGCACCGCAUCGCCUUCCACCUGGUGUGGCACCUGGCGCGCCAAAGUCACUGGGCAAAACUUCUGCAAAGAAUAAACAGCAACAGCAAGAACCCUUUUUUGAAUGGACUGUUCGUCCUGCAGUGUUGCGCGCGCUGGCACUACACGAGGUCGAUGCACUCCUCCGGGUACUACUGCCAGUGUUGCUGCAGCAAGUAGGGUUUGAGUGGCCCUGGUCAGAGUGUCUGCGACGGGCGCGGCUGCUGGAGAGAACACCGCAGGAGAGUGUGACAAUAUUGGAAGGAGUGCGGCUUAGCACUCGGGCGGUGUUUGAUGAGCUUCUGGCUGCCAUUGGGCGUCGUACAUAUGUGUCACGCCUUCAAAAUCUCUUGCCGCAGAGCUACGAGUCGUUGUUUGUUGCUGCCUUUCCAGCAGAGGUAGAAAAUGACGGUGGGGCACACAAUGAUGGCGAUGGUAAAGGCAAUGAGAAUGCGCAACGACCCCUUUUUAUACUGCCCAAGUAUUACAAGGCUGCCGGGGAGGCGCUGAUUGCGUUUUUUGCGACUUCCGGGCUCAGUGGGACGACGGUGAGGGAGACGGAGCGAGUGCUGGUUCGCAACGCGGAUGUGCAACCCAUGAUUGUUCAGCUCCAAGCUCUCGGACGUCGCACGGAUGACAUGGACGACAAUGGCGAACAUAAUCAACUCACUGAAGACAGGAAUCUACUUUCUACAGUACGCCUCUCUGACAGUGAGAAGCAGAAAUUACUGUUGCGUUACCGCUGCGAGGUGCUGUUGGCUUCCAUUGUGGUGUACACACAGCUGCAAACCCUGAGCCUUGUUCAGCAACUGGUACGGCAGCUGGCACCUCUUAUUGAGAAACUGUUGUUGCCGCUCAUGCAAGAGCGCACGUUGCGGCGUCCCUUUUUGACCAGACGCAAGAAACAUUCUCUGAGUGAUGACGGUACUUUGGACGAAGGGAAUGUAGAGUUCACACCGGAGUUCAAAGUACUUAUGGACGACAUUCACUACGAAUUUUAUCCGCUUGAAUGGAUUCCGGAAGUUUUGAACGCACAAUUGACGGGGGGCAGCUCAGAAUUGGAUGACUCAAAACUCGCAUUCUACUCGGUUUUUGCCUCAGUGGCGUACCAGUUUGGAAUUGUUCUCCACGGGGGUCCGCAUGGGCUGCGAGGUGGCGAUGACACGGACUACAAGGACCGCGUUAAGGCGUACCGUUUUUUCCAUGUAUUGUUACUGAACAGCCUGGUUGAUGCCGUGGCAUCUUCUUGCGAGUUGGAGGGUGCGAUGGCAUUGGCGGCGACACGUCGUGUUGGAGGAGCCCACCGGCAGAAUCAUGGUAAUGAUAUUCUCAAUGAUGAGAACAGCCAGGCACUCCUUGCGCAAUGCGGGGCGGCCUCUUUUCAUGCGGUUGUGAAUCCAGCAGAUGUGGUUUUUGCACUGGCGCAGUGCCUUCUGCCACCCAAAUUGAUUUUAAGCCCCAAAACUGCGAUGGUGGGGCUGGAUGAUGAAAACCAACGUCCAUGUGAGGGGUGGUUGCGUCGUGUCAUUGAGUGGGCACAGUCGACACGAACUCAAUGGACGAUGCAGCGGCAAAAGGUGGCGAGGUCAACGGUGCCCCUUGCGUUUUUGCCCAAUAGCCUGACUUUCGACGCGGUCCCACUUGCCCGUGAAGUGAUUCGCGGUCUUCGGCGACGGUUGGUUGAGAAGAUACAUGUCAAGAAAGUGUUUUCCACAACAGGGCAAUGCUCCCUUUCCGAUCCACUUCUUCAACAGCAUCUGCUAAGUCUUCAGUCGCUCCUCGAGACUCUUGCUUUGCUGCCGCAACACUCCAGUGAGAACAACGCGAAAAUGUUCUCAGCAGCAGAAUUGUUGUGGUACUCGCCGCUUUUUUCAUGCGAGCUGCGACUGAGUGGUCACUUUUCAACGUGA